GUUGGCCAACGGCAUAUACCCGGAGAGGGUAUGUGCUAUGUUUUCAAGGAUGGUAGUACCUGUCCGACUAUCAUCGAUGGAGAGCCAGUAAAUCCGCUCUGGGGGACGACCAAGGCCGGCAAGGCUCGCAAGAGACUUGCGCAGGCAUGCUUGAACUGCCGUGAAAAGAAGAUCAAAUGCGAGCCUGGCGAGAAGAGCUGUCUUCAGUGCGAGAAGGCCAAGCGAGAAUGCCACAGGUUUGCAGCCGAGUGGUCAAGUCAAUCUUCUGGUAGCAUUGUCAUGGCCGAAGCGCCGAAUCAGAAGCGCAGGCGUUCGGCGCAAGCAGCACAACAAGAUGUGCUGAAUCUGCCACCAACCUGGAACCGUGAAGAAUCUCCCCAAAGUGUCAAAAGACGCAGGUCGGACGUCUCUGCGGACUCUCUCAGAGACGCUGAUAUCGAAAGGCAGCGUAAGGACAGCAAAAGAGUAGACCUUGAGGACAUGAUCCAUCCGCCUCCCCGAAAGCUCUCAGAGAAAUUGGCUCCUUCGUCUUGGGAUCAAGACCCGUAUCUUUACGACCCUGAAGCCACCAUGCGCUUCGUCGAAUUGUUCUUUGCACAAUCUGCACGCGAGGUGAGCAUCAUGUUUCCUCGCGGCGCCUUCACUCGCUGGGUGCGACAGUGUCGCGACAAAUGCCAAAGAGAAUGUAUGGUGCUUUAUGCCGUCCUUGCUCUGGGCUCUAUCUUUGCCGAGAACGAGUUUGUUUCCUUUGCCAAGAUCUGUGUAGACAGGGCUAGUCAAGCAGUGUCCAUGAUCGAUGGUAAGUUUAGCCUGGCCAUAGUACAGGCUCGACUGCUUGUAGCCGGAUACAACCAUCUUAUUGGUAGAGACAGUACGGGCUGGGAUUUGAGUGGCUCUGCUCUCAGAAUCAUCAGCGCAAUGCGGCUCAACAGUGAAGACGGAUGUGGGGAAGAUCUGGAUGAGUUCACUCGACGAUACUUCAGCUUCUCGCGUGAGCAACUCAAGGAGUGUCGCAGACGGACUUUCUGGACUGCCUUCCUUGUGGACCGUUAUCAUGGCUUCUGCGGAGGGUUGCUCUGUGCCAUACAACUUGAGGAUAUCGACAUUCGACUCCCUUGCAACGAACAAAUUUAUGAAGAGGGCCUGGCUUCUGAUGCACCACUCUUUGAUUGCUUCCAACCAGGUAUGGGUCUACAAUCGUUAGACCCAAAGUCGACACCACCAAGCCCGGCGGCACAUACCAUGAUCAUCGCUUCCCUUUGGACGGACGUAACGAAACUCAUUUUCCGUCGACCUCGGCAAACUGCAGACUCGGGAUCGUAUGUCAAAAGCCACGAAUCAUUGCUAGGUGAUGUUCAGGCCAAAUUGUUCGACUGGAGAUCAUCAUUGCCGCAUCAUCUGCAGUAUAGCAGGCAAAGACUUGUCGAGGCGACGCAGCAUGGUUACGCGGGCAGUCUCAUUGCCAUGCAUGCAUUGUAUUACAUCUCUCAGCUGAAGGCAGCACGCAAUGUCCAUCACGAGCUUUUGUCACCCCACACGACGGUACGACAGAUUCGAAUUGCACACACAAAUGCUACCCAACUGCUCGAGAUGGUUUGCGAUAUACGAAGUAUCAGCUCUCAUGGAUCAGGCAAGGUUCAAGAUCCGGUCAACUUGUUGUCUCCUUUCUUCGCCUAUGGGAUCACUGCGGCCAUCGACACGCUCAGCGCCGGAGGUCUCAGAGAAGACUUUGGACGCACUAUGGUUCUCGUCAGCGACAGCAUAGCCGUCCUGCACGACCUGGCUCAAUUUUGCGCCAGCGCAAAAACACAAGCCAAACAGACAAGCAAGAGGAUGGCA